UUGAAUAAAGGCGAAAUAAGAUCGACGUUCUAACGGGACUCGUGUUAGUGUAUGUAAAAAUACGUUUCCUAGUUAGUCAAAAACAGGAAUACAAAUUCAUUUAAAUCUUAAAGGUUAAGAUGCGGUUCAUGCUGCUGUUCAGUCGGCAGGGCAAACUGCGACUGCAGAAGUGGUACGUGCCCCUGUCUGACCCGCAGAAAAAGAAGAUUUCCCGGGAGGUGAUACAGAUGGUGUUGGCUCGUAAGCCCAAGAUGUGCAGUUUUCUGGAGUGGAGGGACUUAAAAAUAGUGUACAAAAGAUAUGCUAGCUUGUAUUUCUGCUGUGCUGUGGAAGACCAGGAGAAUGAACUGAUAACCCUUGAGAUCAUCCACAGAUAUGUAGAGCUUCUGGACAAAUAUUUUGGCAGUGUUUGCGAGCUGGAUAUCAUCUUCAACUUUGAGAAGGCAUACUACAUUUUGGAUGAGUUCAUACUUGGUGGUGAAGCUCAGGAGACUUCAAAGAAGAUCGUGUUGAAGGCCAUUGAACAGGCAGACAUGUUACAAGAGGAAGCCGAAGCACCACGCAGUGUACUGGAGGAGAUUGGACUCACAUAGAACUGAAGAAGUCCCAUUAUUCUCUGUAGAGCCAUCAGUUAGUCCCUAAACGUGUGUUGAUUGACAUAUUUCAUAUUAAAGUCCCGUAAGAAUAAUGGUACCUGGAUGUAGAAAAUGUGCAAGGAAAAUGACCAAAAGAAACCCUAGCUAGUUUCUCCAAGCCUUCUAGGUAUAACCUAUUUUCAUUUGAUUCGUUAAGUUUUUGGUACACCACCUAAGCACUGACCCAUUUCCAUUAGUUUCCAGGGUAGUAGUUUUAUGAUGAAUAUCACAACCAUUAAUUUGUUGACUAGAUUAAAGUCUGUUAACUGUUAACAUAUUACCUCACCUUAUGCCUUGUACGCCUUAAGACACACUUUUACAAUCAUUGUAUUUGGCCAGUAUCUUCUGCAAAUUGGUGGAAGUUCAGUUUAUAUUUUUACUAAAUCAGGACUAAGUGUAUCUUAAUGCUUCAGCAAAGUAAUAAAAAAAAUCUUUACACAUCGGUGGUAUUAGGUGGAAAGAUAAAGGUAUAUAUGUCAGUAUUAGAUAUAGCAUUACAAAAAACACUUAAAUGUUUACCACUUACAUGCUUUAUAUUGUCAGGAAAGUAUUUCAUGAAGGCUUUUUCUGCUAGAUGGGCAAUUUAAAGUCGUUGACUUCGCUCUUUGAUUUUGGUUACAUGAGGCCUAUCACUCACUUUUGCAAAGUGAAUCCUGCUAAUGCAGAAUAUGCAUACACCAAUUAUUUCAAAGUGUUAAAUGUGACAUUGUGCACUGGUACAACUUCUGAGGACCUUUUAAGUCAAACUCCUGGACUGUUUAAUUAAAGAAGAGGUGACAGAAUUCCAUGCUGGACAGUUUGAAUCUUUGUUUAAAAGUGGUAAAAUUCGUAACUUCCUGAGGUAUCCUCCAUGUUUGAGUUCAUUUUCAAUACCAAAGAAUCAGCAUUUUUCUCGUCUUUUUUGUGUCAACACUUAUUUUCAGAUUACACUGUGAUUCUUCACUGCCUGUUGCUCAAAAUAAAGUGCAAUUUUCUUUGUCAGUUUU